AUGCGAAUUUUCUUCAGAAAUUUUUUUUCCAAAAACUUGGUUAAUUUGUAUUUGACAAGAUGCCAAAGGUGUUUAGAGUAUGGAAAACUGCUGAAAACAGCUUUUGAGCUCAAAAACAGGUCAUAUAAAAAACCAACAAAAAAUAAAAAAAGAGUUUCGACUAUGAAGGAGUCGAACCAUAGAGUACCAUUUCCCCAUCCCGCCGCUUUACCACUGAACCAUCCCACUGUCUCGUCCCAUAACUCCACAUCUUCUGUGAGUCAUUUCCUAUGUAGUCAAGCAACAAUUCGCUGCGUAGGCAACAUCGCUUCGAGACCAUGCAAUAUGUGUCGAUUUACGAAGAGUUAA